AUGGGCUUCUCAUGGCGUGGGAAGACCAAUGCGGCACCGGUCGAGGGCGAUGAAGCCUACACGUCCGGUGCCACCUACGAGGUCGGCGGCGAGACGGUCCACCCGGAGGCCGACUUGAAGAAGUUCAAGCGCCUUCACAAGUGGGACCCCUUCCUGGACACCGAGAAGCUCGACAACGUCGACAAUGCCUUGGCCUCUGGUGAUGUCGAGAAGGAGGCUGCCCUCGAGGGCUCCCUUCUGGUGGAAGACAGCCCGUACCCCGAAGUUCGCAGUGCUGUCCGCCCGGGUGAUGACCCCGAGAUGCCCGUCAACACUAUCCGUGCCUGGAGUAUUGGUUUCCUGCUGUGCACGGUUGUGGCCGCCUGCAACAUCUUGCUCGGUCUGCGUCGAUCGCCAACCUACAUUACUGCCACUGUCGUGCAGCUGAUCGCUUACCCCAUUGGCAAGGGAUGGCACGCGGUUAUGCCUAACAAGUCGUUCAAGCUGUUUGGACAUGUGCUGGAAUUGAACCCUGGCCCGUUCAACGUGAAGGAGCACACCAUCAUCACUGUCAUGACGGCUGCCGGUGCGUCUGCGAGUUACGCCAUCGAUAUCCUUCUGGCCCAGGAGGUUUUCUACAAGCAGUUCUUUGGUUGGGGCUUCCAGGUUCUCCUCAUCAUCUCCACCCAGGCCAUGGGCUUCGGUAUGGCCGGCUUGCUACGCCGUUUCUUGGUCUGGCCCGCUGCCAUGGUGUGGCCCGCGACUCUGAUCUAUACCACCGUCAUGUACUCGCUGCAUGACCACUCCCCCUCAGACCCGUCCUUGACCAAUGGCUGGAGAAUCGGCCGUUAUAAGUUCUUCUUGCUCGUGGCGCUUGGCUGCUUUUGCUACGAAUGGAUCCCCCAGGUCAUGGCCACCUUCCUACAGGUCUUCACCUUUGUGUGCUGGAUCGCCCCUGAGAACGUGGUUGUCAACCAGAUCUUCGGUGGCCAGACUGGUUUGGGUUUGAUCCCCCUCUCGUUCGACUGGAGUAUCGUGACCGGUUUCUUGGGCAGCCCUCUGCAGACCCCUGCCUUUGCCUUGCUCAACGUCGCUGCCGGUGUCGUAAUCAUGAUGCUGGGUUGUAUCGGUCUUGCGUGGGCUGGUCCGGACUUCAUGCAGUACCUCCCCAUCUCAGCCAACCAAAACUUCGACCACUUUGGCGCCGCGUACAACACCUCGAGAAUCCUGACCAAGGACUACACCUUCGACCAGGCCGCCUACGAAGAGUACUCUCCCCUGAUCCUGGGCCCUGCUUUCUCUCUGUCCUACGGCAUGUCCUUCGCCACUCUGAUCUCUACCGUCGUCCACGUCGCCUUGUUCUACGGUAAGGAUAUCGUCUCGCGCGCACGCAAUGCCCGCUUUGAGGAGGCCGAUGUCCACUUGAAGCUCAUGCGCAAGUACCGUGAGGCACCCGAGUGGUGGUUCCUGGCAGUCUUCCUCGUCAACUUCGCCUUUGGAAUGAUUGCCUCGCGGCUCUGGAACACCCACCUGGAGUGGUGGGCAUACCUCCUCUGUGUCAUUAUUGGCGCUGUCUUCAUCUUGCCCGUCGGUAUCAUCCAGGCCAUCACCAACCAACAGACCGGUCUCAACGUUAUUACCGAGAUGAUUGUCGGGUACAUGACUCCAGGACGCCCUGUUGCCAUGAUGUUGUUCAAGAGCUGGGGCUACAUGUUGGCGUAUAACGGACUCCAGUAUGUCGCCGAUAUGAAGAUCGGUCACUACAUGAAGAUCCCCCCGAGAACCAUGUUCGCCGCACAACUGUUUGCCGUCGUCUGGCUUUCGAUCGUCCAGAUUGCUGCUUACAACUUCCUGCGAGGCAACAUUGAGGGUAUCUGCACCCCGACGCAAGUCAACGGUCUGACCUGCCCCCACGCCAGAACAUUCUACAACGCCAGUGUCAUCUGGGGUCUCCUGGGACCUGCCAAGAUGUUCGGUGCUGGACAGCUGUUCUCUUGGAUCAACUGGUUCUGGCUCAUCGGUGCCGCUCUCCCGAUCGCGCAGUACUUCCUCGCCAUGCGCUUCCCCCGCAGCUUCCUCCGAUACGUCUUCUUCCCUGCCAUCUUCGGAGCUGCUGGUAUGAUUCCCCCAGCAACGACGUGGUACCUCGGUCAAUACGUGAUCGUCGGUCUCACCUUUAACUGGUUUAUCAAGAAGAAGUUCUUCGGCUGGUGGACUCGCUACAACUACGUCAUGUCUGGUGCUCUCGAUAUCGGUACCGCUCUCUGCGUCGUCAUCGCUGCUCUGGCUUUGGGUCUUAGCGGUUCUGAGUUCCCCGACUGGUGGGGCAACACGGUCUGGCAGAUGAACCUCGACAACGACGGUGCUGCCGUCACCAAGGUUCUGCCUGAUGAUGGCUCGUUCCUUGGACCCGCCACCUGGCAUUAA